AUGGACGGCAAACGCACAACCCUCGUGAACAAACGCGUGACCUUCCUCAUCAUCGCCGCCAUCUCCAUCUUCUCCCUCUUCUCCUUCUUCUCCUUCAUGGCCCGUCUCGGCCCAAACAAAACCCAAUCCAUCAUCGCCCUCUCCGCACCAGACCCGCCCCACGUCUCGCGCACCGAGCUCCCUCACCCUGCGCCCGGCUCCCCCAGCAUCGUCCAGACGGACUACCCCGAAGGCAUCGAGGACGUCUACCUCAUGGUCAAGACCGGCGCCACCGUGCUCUGGAAACGGCUCCCCGUGCACUUCAUGACCACGUUCAAGCAGGUGCCCUACUUCCAGGUCUACUCCGACAUGGCCGAGACCGUCGGCGACCACCACGUCGUCGACACCCUCCAGAACGUAUCCGAGCCGCUCAAGCUGACCGAAGACUUUGAAAUCUACCGCAUCCAGCAGGAAAUGCAGGCCGGCCACUACAACGUCAUCCCGGAGAAGAACGGCGCAAUCACGGGCAGCAAAAAGGGCUGGAACCUGGACAAGUACAAGAACCUGCCCAUGCUCCAGCACGCCUGGGCCACGCGCCCGGACGCGAAAUGGUUCAUCUUCAUGGACGCGGACUCGUACGUGCUCUGGACGCCGCUCAUGAACUGGCUCCGCACUCUCGACCACCGCCACGCGCUGUACAUGGGCUCGCCCGCCGGCCAGCCGCCAGUGCAGUUCGCCCACGGCGGCUCGGUGGUUGUAAUCUCGCGCGGCGCGAUGCUGCGCUCGUUCGGCAAGGAUCCGCAGUACUAUAAGCAGUACGAGGCCAAGACCAUCAAGACCUGCUGCGGCGACCUGAUGGUCGCCCACGCGCUUUACGACAGCGGCAUCAAGAUCGCAAAGGGGAUCGACGAGUACCCGUAUGCGAACUUCAAGUUCCUGGGCGAGCCGCCCGCGAUCGUCAAGGCGAAAGCAGCUAACUGGUGUAAGCCGAUCAUGUCGUUCCACCACGUCGACCAGCAGGACAUCCAGCGGCUGCACGAGUUUGAGCGCGACUGGAAGAGCAAGCAUGACAAGGACGAGUAUAUCACCUACUCGGACGUGUUCCACUGGUUCAUGCGGCCGUACAUGACAGAAGGACGCGUCGAGGACUGGGACAACCGGUCCGACGACCGCAAGUACUCGCCCACCGACCCGAAGGCGAUCGACGCGCCCGCGCACGAGUCGCUCGAGAACUGCGUCGCGUACUGCGAGGCGUGGAGCGAGUGUCUGGGGUGGCGGUACCAGACCGGGAUGUGCGCGCUGAGCGAGUCGGUGCGGUUGGGCCACAAGCGGCUCCGACAAGGCGACGACCUGUUUGACGAUACAAAGAAGGUGACGUCGGGGUGGAUGAUGGAUCGGAUCCGGGAGUUUAGAGCAAAGUCGGGGUGUGACAGGCUAGUGCACGAGGAGCUGCAGGAGAAGGCGCAGGAGAAGGUGCAGGUGAACGACGACGGGGAUGUGUCUGCGGACUCGGUCAUAGUUCCGGGACUCGAGAUUCCGGGGCAGAGGAAAAGAAAGGGACUGUUUGGGUUCUGA